AGACGGAGGUGGUGCCGCCCCGCUGGCGGGUUGCCGCGGAGCUUACAGGGAAGGGUGCCGGAGUCGGUCACCUUUCAGGGGCCUAGAAGUAGGGCUUUGGCCUAGGUAAUCGUGCCGAGAUGUGGUUCGAGAUUCUCCCUGGACUCGCCGCCAUGGGCGUGUGCUUGCUCAUCCCAGGAGUGACCACUGCGUACAUCCACAGGUUCACUAACGGGGGCAAGGAAAAAAGGGUUGCCCAUUUUCCAUAUCAGUGGAGUUUGAUGGAAAGAGAUAGGCGCAUCUCUGGAGUUAAUCGUUACUACGUGUCAAAGGGUUUGGAGAACAUCGAUUAAGAAAGCAUUUUCAUGAUUGAUGAAAAAUAACUCAGUUAUGGUCAUCUACUCCUGCUAGAAGAUUAUUAUGUAGCAUGCAGUGUGUUAUGUAGUGCUUAAUAAAAAUAAAAUGGAAAAGAAAAAUCAAA